CCCGGCCGGCUCCCCCGGCAGGAAACAAGGGUGCGGCGCAAUCCGGGAAGACGCCCGAACUGCGCGCGAGUUCCCCUUUGGUCUCUAACCCUUCCUUUUUUUUCAGCCUGGGGCCGAGGCGGAGGCGGCCUCCCAGAUUGCCCGCCCUCAGGGUGUGAGGAGGCCGCAGGGACGUCCCCUCUAUUUGCAGAGCUCCCGGGACGUGGCGCGCCGCGGCUAGGCCACUUCCGCGUCGGAGGGAACUCCAAAUCCCGUGGUGCCUCGGGGGUGUGCGCGUCACUUCCGUGGUGUUGGAAGUUGCGGAGAAUCGGGUCUUGGGGGCUGGUGCAAUUUCAGAGCGACAGGUCCGGGCUUGCGGAUAGGUCUCUCUGUACAUCUUUCCGGUUGUUAUCCGGUAUGGAGCUGGCGUUGGACUUGGGUGACCAGGACCUGCUGGAUUUCCUGCUAGAGGAAAGCGGCGAUUUGGGGGCCGGGCCGCCGCUUUCCGAGGCGUUGAGUGAAUGGGAGGCAGAGGAUUUCCUGAGUUCCAUGCUGAGUCCCCCAGCAUCGUUGAACGUCCUUAGCUCCUCUGAUUCCUGUCUCGUGCACCAUGAUCACACCUACUCUCUCUCACAACAGCAUGUUUCCAUAGAUCUAGAUGGUGGGAGCUAUGGAAAAGAAGAGGCCCAGACGACCCCACUGCAAGUGGAGGAGCCCGCAGAGCAGGAGAUUGCUAGGCUGAUACUGACAGAUGAAGAGAAGAGGCUGUUGGAGAAGGAGGGGCUUACUCUGCAUGGGACGCUUCCUCUUACUAAGAUGGAGGAACAAGUUCUGACACGAGUGCGGAGGAAGAUCCGAAACAAAAAAUCUGCCCAGGAGAGCCGCAGGAAGAAGAAGGUGUAUUUGGGAGGUUUAGAGAACAGAGUCUUGAAAUAUACAGCCCAGAACCUGGAGCUACAGAACAAAGUACAGCUCCUGGAAGAACAGAAUUUGUCCCUUCUGGACCAGCUGAGGAGACUCCAGGCCAUGUUGAUUCAGAUAUCAAACAAAACGAGCAGCAGCAGCACCUGUGUCUUGGUCCUACUGUUCUCCUUCUGUCUGCUCAUUGUACCUGCUAUGUACUCCUCUGACACAAGGGGGAGCCUGCCAGCUGAGCAUGGAGUGUUGUCCCGCCAGCUUCGUGCCCUCCCCAGUGAAGACCCCCACCAGCUGGAGCUGCCUGCCCUGCAGUCAGAGGUACCAAAGGACAGCUCAGACCAGGAGCUCCAGGCCCCUGGCAACUCUUGCUGCCCGCUCUACCACCUGCCUCAGGCUCCUGGUGCUGAGUCUCCCUUGAAAUUGCCACUUCCUGUCCCUUCCUCAAAGUCCCCCUGUUCCUGUCCCCUCCUUCCCCUGCAUGCAAAUUUCACAAGAGAUGGGGGAUGGCUCCCUACACACAGCCCCACAUCUGUUAUCUUACAGGGCAGAUAUUCAGGCUAGAUGUCUAGGUGGGGGAUGCGAAGCCAGAGCCUGGGGUUCCUAGUCUGUGUCCAAGUGAAAGGAGUGGGAGGGGGCUAACCUGUGAGCUCCUGUGUCCUGUGUCAGGAAGCCUGAGAGUUCAAACACACCACACUUAACUGGCUUUCUGGGUCUUUUAUUUGUACCCAUGUAAGUCUACCACCCCAUGAAUGGGCCUGGGGUAAUCAACUGACCUCCUUGAACAUUUCAUGCAAUGGGAAAUAGAGAAAUAAAUAAGUGAUUCUGA